AUGGAAGCGCUUCUUAAAGUUGCCAAGUCAUCAGACAGCUCUGAAGAGCCUUUAAUACCACAUUCUCCCGUUCCAGAAACCCCGGGUGCUCAGAGGAUCUCAGUCAUCGAAGAUGAACAAUCUGAAGCUCACUUAUCAUCACCAGAGGAUGUAUUGAAAAUUUUAAAAUCCAAGAUACCUACAUCAACUCUAUUAGAGGCACUGAAAUUCCUUGACCCGGCCAGCCUAGAGAAUGGGAAUUUUAAUAUCAUCAUUCCAAGCUCUCUCGCAGCUCAAAUACUCCAUGCUUUAAUCACAACGACCAUUUGUGACCAUUGGGCUAGCCUAGGGAUGGAACAUGACCCGAAACCCUCAUACCACCUUCCGUCCAGCCAGACGCCACAGGCUAUGUUGUUGAGAUGUGUGAAGAGCCCUUCCGGGAUUGGAACCCUUCUUGCUUAUCUCCGAAGUCUUUUGCCUAGCCAAACACCUCCACAAGGGAAAAGUGCCAGCUCUGACAAGGGUAUACUGAUACAAGAUACCCUAUCUUUGCUCUCGCGCCUACUAUCUCCCAGCGACUUAAUUCUUCAUCUACUUACUGAUAUAAGGCGGUUUAUCGACCAUGAAGUCCGAAAGCAGCUUCUCUGGCAAGAAACUAUUUCUCUCCUUGCAUCCGGGAAAGUUCUAUCAAUUUCUGCUGAGUCACUCAGAUAUACAGAGUUAUCUGUAGGGACCUCCCCUCACUCAUGGAUUUCAGAUGGGAAACUCUAUGCUGCGUGGCUAGGGAAAAAUAUCAGUAGUAUGGCGUCUCAAUUUUCAAUUGACGAUGAUCAAGCUUGGAAGUAUCUGGGAGCAUUCAUUAGUCGAACACUAAGCAUUGGCCAGACAGACCAAGUGGUCAAUGAGAUUUUGCAUACCCUGUUAUUCCGGAAGGACAGGCCAGGCACAGAAAAUUUCAUUAACUUGCUGAAAUUCUUGCGGCAGCAUGACCAAAAAAGGAUUUUAGAAUCAAUUCUACGGUGCCUGGAAAGGGCGUAUUUGGUAAACUUGUUAGAGAAUGAAGACAAAAUUGCAGAUGCAUCUAUAUCCAAUGUCUCAAUAAUACUAUCACUGAUAACGAGGGAUGUUGUUAUUAUGAAAGAGACCUUGAAAACCUGGCUUAUAUCAGGAAUAGGAGGGAGUAUAAACAGUGUUUAUAUGCGCCGCUCGCUUCUGGCGACGUUUGCUUCUGACCCAGAGUUAGAAUCGCUUUCACAAAUAUUUACAAAGUCAAUUGAUAUUUUCGGAGAUAAACUCUCCAUAAAGCACUCGCCUAUAACAGCGCAAGAAGCGAAUGCACAAGUCAUUCUCCUCACAGCCGGUUACUUGCACAGGCUUGAAACCACUAAUUUAUCCAGCCUCGUUCAGGCCAGCUCCUAUCUCUCUGCUAUUUCGAAUCGCCUAGGAGCAGCAUCAACUCGGUCUCGUUUCUUAGGGAUGAUUGUUGGCACGUCUUUAUCCAAACUGACCGACAAGCCAGAAAGCCGCAUGAAAUUUGACUUGGCCGAAAUGGAAAGUGAUGAGGCAUCAUGGUUUUUGAGAUUGUCAGAUACCCAAGAUCAGGUUAGAACCAUAACUGACCUAGAACCACCUCAUACAUUGUCCUCGACGGAAACGGUUAAAAAGAAAGCUCUAAAAUUCAAACACGAGAAAAUGCAGGAAUCAAGUGCGAAGCCUACUGCUUCCAAAAUAUUGCCUCUAGAGGAUUCUGACGAAUCUAAUGACGAUGGUCUUAUCCCGUAUCAGAAACCAGAUGCAGACGCCUCCGAUUCUGAUGAGGACCCAACCCUUAUCCAGCGAUCCAAGCCCAUCCCUCCUGUAUAUAUCAGGGAUCUUUUAACCUAUCUUCGUGAUGUUGACAAUUAUGACCGUUACAUUCUAGGAAUAUCGACCGCACCCAGCCUCAUACGACGAAAGUCUGGCUUUGGCUCAGAACUAGAUGAACACAUUAGAGACCUCGCUCUUACCCUUACUAGUCUACAUGACAAAUAUGAUGUUCCAAAAUUCCAAGAAUAUCGCCUGCAAAGCUUGACGACACUUGUUGUGGCACGCCCACUGGUCCUAGGUCCAUGGAUAGCGAAUGCGUUUUUCCAUAUUGAUCUGUCUCAAUCUCAAAGAUCCUCGCUACUAGUUGCCUUAGGCCUAGGAGCGAGAGAACUUGCGGGGUAUAGAGAGGAGGAUAGCAAGGCCAUGGGACUUCCCCAAGUUUCUGCCGAUGCAUCUUUCCCGUCCCAACGGCUUCCACCCCGAUUAGAGAUCCAAUAUGACCCAGCCUCUAAACAUACUCCAACCGAAGUUAUAUCGAGGAAUAUUGCUCGAAACUCUCUGGAGCCUUUAGCUCUUAAUGCUGUAGACACACUGAGCGGUCCUAAUGCCUUAAAAGUUCGCACAUUUUCUUCAAGAAUGGAAGUGGAAAAGAAGAAACGUGAACAAGAGCAACUAAGGAGAGCAAAGUCGAUACCAAAGGACCUACAUAGAAUACUAUUUGAAGCAUUUUUCCGCCCGUUAACCAGUGGAUUUAGCUUAAUGAUGUAUUCAACGUCAUCAUAUAACGGGAACAAUCCUUUUUUCUCCCCUCACCUUCUUUCUUUGUUCAUACAAACUACUAACCUUAUUAUAUCAACAAUUGGACCGAGUUCGGUCAACCAACUGACGAUAACUUCCGACGUUCUAACAUUACUGAUGUCCCUCCAUAACUCCGCGGCCGCUACAGAACCAACUGUCCUUUCCGCAAUACUCUCACUUUUUCUUGCCAUACUGGAUAUUAAUAUUGCAUCCGGAAGCUCCGGAGAAGAACGACUUGUCAAUGAAUUCGCUGAGCAAGUAAUGGAGAUGCGAGAAUGGGUUGGAGGAAUAUUUGAACGGACCCCAAAGGGAGAUGAUCAAGUCAGGAUGCUGGCUGCUGGAAUUAUGGUGAAGUUGGGAGAAGUCAUGAACCGAUAUCAAGGCAGACUCUUUGGAAUGAAUGCCGAGUUUUCAUUCUAG